AUGGCUCACGUUUCCACUUCAGUCCUCGAAACAACAACGGCCCCGACUCAGGAGCAUCUUCGGGCCAGACUUCACGAAGCGGUUGCGAUCGACAAAGUCGCAGAAAAGGUCGACGAAGAGCUCAGCACGUACAUAGCGAUUUACGCAAAGGCAGAAUGCAUGACACUGUCCAAGAUGGUGCAGAGCAAACUACCACGGGAACUACGCGAUAUAGUGUACACUCAUCUAGUACCACGGGGAACUUACAUCGUGUGGCACCCCGCCCACAAACGUGAGUGGAUUCGGUUCCUGCGGAAGUCCAGUUGCGAUCAUCUCUUCAUGGAGGGAUAUCUUUCAUUCGACAUCAUGAAGGAAAUCGUCGAAUUGUGGUACGAGCGGUCUAACUUCGUUGUUCUCGGCUAUUCCUACGGUAGUGGUAACGACCCAAAGCGUGCUUCAAGAGCCUUGGACUUCUUCGACGACGACAGUUGGAGUCUGGACAUCGAUGUGCGCCAACACGUCAGACACAUCUAUAUCCGCCUCGAAUACGACGGAGACGUGCAUGUUAACGUUACCCAACUUGCCGCUAACCUCCGGAGACUGACGUCACUGGGAGAAAAUGCGCGGGUGAUUCUGCAACUCCAAUGUAUGCACUUUUUCUACGCGACGCUGGCAGGGCAGCAAUUGAUAGAGCUUGUGACGGAGCUUCAAGUGGUUUUUCCUGUCCUGGAGGAACUCGUCAAAGGGGGAAAGAAAGUUAUGGUCAACGUGAAAGGCCAUGAUCUGUUCGAAGUCAAGGUUGAAAAGCUGAACGCGUCGGAUUGGAUCAGUCAGUUGAGUGAGGUGCUCUCAGACAAAGACUUACUUGACAUACAGUCAUAA